ACUAAUUCUGGGUGGGUGGGCCUGGCUCUCAAGUGGGUGGGCCUGGCUCUCAAGUGGGUGGGCCUAUGGCCUCCUAAGCCCACCCAUGGCGGCGCUCCUGCCCAGUAAUGUGAAAUCUGUGGACUUUAGGGUCUAAGCAAUUUAUUUCAAUUGACAAAUUUCCUAACAUGAACUGUAACUAAUUUUUGAAAUUGUUGCAAUUUGCUUUUAUAUUUUUGUUCAGUAUAGGAUGGGUUCUGUUUUGUAUGCAGAUUUUGGUAUUUAUGUAAUGUAUUAGAGUGUUUAAGACAUUGCACAUUGGGCUUGUUUUUAAUUAUUUUUCAAAUGUUUUAUACGUGCAUUCAGUCUGAUCUGACUAUGAAUGUUCCAUUUAUUUCUAGAUGGAAACUAGACAUACAUUUUUAAAAGAUAUAGAUUGGAUGACCACUAAUCUCUUUUUGAAUAUCAAUAUGGUGUUACAAUAAACUGUAUACUGUAAAUUUUUACCAAGUUUUAUUUACAACUGAAUUUUAUUACAUCUUUAUCUACGCUUCCAAAUGUCUAGGAACCUAUAAUGCUCCAUUUGUCGGUAGGACAUGUAGUUUGUGUCAAAUUUCCUUGUUAUCGCGCUGACCAAAAUUAAACUACAACUCCCAUGUAACUAUCGUCAAGGUGUUUCUAUCAAUAUGGCUGUUGUCAGUCAGACAAAGGCAAACAGUCCGCUUGUGAUUGAAAUCUAGUAAAAGGGCCGGGCACUCCUGCUACAAUCUGGUGGUUGAUCGAUGUGUUGCUCCUGUUAAUAAGUGGUUUUCCCCCGCCACACGGUGUUUUGUGGUGGUGCAAUAUUAAAGGGUCAAGUGUAAGGAGGCACAUCGAGAUAGCUAGCUACAUAAGGAUGUCUCAUUACACAGACGAGCCUCGCUUCACCAUCGAGCAGAUCGACCUGCUCCAGAGGCUGUGGCGUACGGGCAUGACCAAGCAGGAGAUCCUCCACGCCCUGGACACCCUAGACCGGCUGGACCGCGAGCACGGGGACAAGUUCGGCCGUCGCACCUCCUACGGAGGAGGAGCAAAUAGCUCUGUGUCCGACCCCAAUAGCACCACCACAAACAACAACACUGCCUCUGUUUCUGCCGCCACCACCUCCUCAACAACAUCCUCUUCCUGUAGUAGUAAUAAUAAUAAUGGCGCCAGUGGUAUUGGGAGCAGUAAUGUUACCAACACUGCCCUGGCCUCAUCCUCCACCAACUCUACCGCCACACAGACACAGUACCUCCCUCCACGUGGAGGGCUCUCCCCCUCGCCUAGCAACAGCUACGACACCUCCCCACCACCCGGGCCGCCCCCGCCCUCUGCCAUCCUCUCGUCCCCGGUGUCGCUGGUCGCCAUGGUGCAGAACGGGGGGCGGGACAGCCUAGCGGCAACGCCCAAUGGGAAGCUCUCGCCGCCUCGGUACCCAAUGAAUAGUGCUGCUGCCGUCAGGCCGUUCGGGUUCGAGGCCACGGAGGAGGAACUGGACAUCGAUGACAAGGUGGAGGAGCUCAUGAGGUCAGUGAUGAUGUCACGGUGUCCAUCUAAACAUGUGCCCGCGCCCAUGCUCUGGAGGAGAGGAGUGAUGGAGUGGAGACAGACCCCACCCCCUAUAAGCACCGCCCCCGGGAGCUUCCGGCUUCGGCGUGGGAGUCGCUUUACCUGGMGGAAGGAAUGYCUGGCUGUGAUGGAGAGCUACUUCAAUGACAACCAGUACCCUGACGAAGCCAAGAGAGAGGAGAUCGCCAACGCCUGCAACGCGGUCAUCCAGAAACCAGGGAAGAAGCUUUCGGACCUGGAGAGAGUCACAUCCCUCAAAGUCUACAACUGGUUUGCCAACCGACGCAAAGAGAUCAAGAGACGGGCUAAUAUUGAAGCCACGAUCUUGGAGAGCCAUGGGAUAGAAGUUCAGAGUCCCGGAGGACACUCCAACAGCGACGACAUCGAUGGAGGCGACUACACAGAACAGGCCUGUGACCUGCCCUACUUCGACAAGAGACCCAUGGCCAGACCCUUUGGCUUCUACAGGCUGGAGCCCACUUCACCCACACAGGUAUGCAGCCAGGACCAGGGACCACUGUUUCAUAUGCCCAGCCAUGCAAUUUAUAAACUUGAUCUCCACUGUAAAAAAACGUCUUGACAUUAUCUCCGACAUUUGCAUCAUUGUUGCAAUAUUAUAAUUCGAUCUCCACUGUGUCCUAUAAUAAUGAAGGUGUUGGGAGUCCGGACG